GUUUCACGCGUAUUGUCUUACAGUUCUCACGUGCUGGCGCAAGGCACGUCGGUCCGCUCGAGUGGCGAAGAUCCAUUAACGUGCUCGCGCCCGCGUGCAGUACAGUUAGAUCAAUAUUAUCGAGGUGUCCAUACGGCGACGUCCGUGUCCGUGAUUCAUAUCUGUGCGAUUGAUUUUCCGCGACUUUUCCUCUCUGUACAAGUCUAGUCACGAACUGCGAGACCUUCCGGCGCUUAGAUAACAAAAAACCGUAGUUUAUUUAAGGUUGAGGCGGCGGACUAGUGUUAACAAGUGAAAGUAGAUUAUGCCUCUCGUCGGGUGUGUUCGGUCGUCUCCUGGGUUCGGGAGACGGAUCUGAGCACCCGUGAUGUUCUCUGCUAUAGCAUACCAGCUGUCUACCAAAUUUCUAGAGGAACAGAAAGAGUGUUCGUGCCUGGUCCCGCGGCCCGCCCCCGGCAUGUCCAAGAAGCCGGCCGCGCAGCCGACGCUGCACAAGGUGAUCAUGGUGGGCUCCGGCGGCGUGGGCAAGUCCGCGCUCACGCUGCAGUUCAUGUACGACGAGUUCGUCGAGGACUACGAGCCCACCAAGGCAGACAGCUACAGGAAGAAGGUGGUGUUGGAUGGCGAGGAGGUCCAGAUCGACAUUCUGGACACGGCAGGUCAAGAAGAUUACGCCGCCAUCCGGGACAACUACUUCCGCUCCGGCGAGGGGUUCCUCUGCGUGUUCUCCAUAACGGAACCUGAGAGUUUUGACGCCACACAGGAGUUCAGAGAGCAGAUCCUGCGCGUGAAGAACGACGAGAACAUCCCGUUCCUGCUGGUGGGCAACAAGUCGGACCUGGCCGACAAGCGCCGCGUGCCGCUCGACGCCUGCCGCGAGCGCGCCGCGCACUGGCAGGUGCCCUACGUCGAGACCUCCGCCAAGACGCGCGACAACGUCGACAAGGUGUUCUUUGACCUCAUGCGCGAGAUCCGCUCGCGCAAGUCCGACGACAGCCGCGCCACCAACGGCGACGUGAAGCGCAAGAAGCGCAGGAUAAUCAAGUGCGCCAUCUUGUAGGCCGCCCAACAACCUUUUGUAACUCUCUAAGCCGUGCAAGCUCCAACGUGUCGGGGACGUGUAUAUACCGCAGUUGUGUAAUACUUAGCCUUUGCACUACGUCGCUUGUUUGUCUAUGUGGUGUGAUGACGCGGCGAUGUAUAGCCGCUAGGGCAUCUGCCAGAAUAUCGAACAUGUUGUCCAAGUAUAUGCCAGUAAUUUAAACGUGAUAUUGUCAGUGUUUUAGGGAUUUUUGAUACUCAGUUUAUGCAACGCUUUUUAGCACCAAAUCCCGGUUCGAUUCUGUGCGGAAGUUACAAAGCGUCCGCCGCGUGAGGGCGUGAGCGCGCACUCUCCCUUUGAAUGCGCUUCGCUUAUGCCGAUUUCGAUUGUGUGUACUCAUUUUAGAAUCGAUUAUAUUGUAUUCAUCAAUAUUGUUGUUUUUAUCGAUCAACGAUCCCUGUGGAAUUUAAUUGGAAACUACACCGAGUUGACACAAUAGAAAUCGGCGACACAGUCUGUUACUGUAACAUGGAUAUGAAGCAGAAAAUGCUUGUGUAUUCACUGCAAUAUUACGCCCGUUUUGGUGCUGGAAAAGUAUCGAGUACUGUUUAUUUCGAAAGAAUACGAUUAAGUUUUUAGUAAAAAAGAAAUUAUAAGCACACCCCAGAAGACAAAAAAUCCUAGUGAUUAUGUUUUGUACAUUUGUAAAUUUCGAAGUACAGGAGAGUUAAGAUAAUUUUUAUACUUUAAACAACUUUUUUUUAAAUAAACAGUACACGAUGCGUCCUUUUUGAUUAUUAUUGUAAUAUUUGGAGCUUGUGCUUGCACUUUGUUUUGUACUCGAUCAAAUUUAAUGAAGUACUGAAACUGAAGCAGAUGUUUGAAAAGUGUGGCGCCAUUUAGAAUCGUAAUUUCGCGUGUAGUAACCAAUAAGCCUAGAUAAUUAGGAUUGUGGUUUUCUUAAAUUUACUGGUAUCAUACGAUGAUCUCUUAAAUACAUUUUCAUAAAAUAUUUUAACAGACAAGCUAUUUGGGCAAUUUUGAUUAUUAGUAACAUUUUGGAUGGCGCCAUACAAUGGCUCACAUAUAAGCAUGGACGGAGUAAUUUUAAGAUUUUUGUAUUUAUUUAAAUAAUCGUUAAGUGCUGAAUGUAAGUGUCGAUAAUGUGUUCCUUGUGUACGCUUACAGAAUUGUUAUUGUAUAAAAAUCGUUUGAACAGUUGAUAUUUUAUCGACAUUUCGGUCACUAAGUUGAAUAUCGAUUAUGAACCUGCAAUUCAGAAUUUUAUUUAAUAUUUUUUUUUGUAGCUUAGUGAUGUGAAGGAUAUAUGGAUAAUAUUUCUGUAAGCGCAGUGUAGCGUGAAAGUUUGCACUGCAGUGUCGUUAUCGACUCCUGCGCAUGUGUGUCACAUGUUAAGACUCUGUAAUUUUACGGUUUUCGUUUUGUGUCGUCUGAGAGGGUGGGAGAGAGGCGAUGAGAGUGUGACGUUCUUUUGAUUUGCUUUAAUUACUUAUGUAUGGUAAUAGUUUAGGUGUAACAAAUUAGGGUCGAAGAAUCUCCUAGCACGCUCAUAAUAUAUUUUUGGAUACACCCAGACAUAUUACUGUACAUUAGUUAUAAAGCAUAGUAUACAAGAAUAAAUCGAAUAAGACAUAAAAGCAGAGGAAAAGAGGUCUUUAGGAAGAAAGUUCGAGGUACGUCCAUUACGUUUGAUGAACUUGUCAAUACAAGCUUCGUAAAAUCUUAUUAGUUGCAAGGUACUUGUUGAUUUUGUGUAUGUUGGUCACAAUAUAUUUUAUAUCGAUGAUACGAGUGAUUUUUAUAAGUCAAUGCAUUUGAUAAAUUAAAUAAUAACGGUACGGCGGCGACAAUGAAUUCGAUGAUACUUAAAACUUAUUUCAUUUAACACAGGGUCGAUAUUGGUGUAACAUAAAUAAAGCUUUGAGCCGAGAAAAUAAAACUUUGAGCUGAUUUUUGCUAUAUCAAUUUGAAUCGUAUGUGAAAUGAUUUCAAAUUUUGUCUAAUUCAUUGUUUUCCGUCACACCGUAAGUUAGCGUUGAGCCUAACAUAAAAGGUUUUUAAACGUUAAUAGUUUAAAUUUAUUUGUAAAAUAAAAUUUAUUCAUCGAUAUUUUGGGGCUUCAGUUAUAAGUAUCGAUAUCGAUAUUCGCCGUAAUUUGAAGAAUAUGGGAUGUUUAAUUUUAUAAUAAAGUUAGAUGUUUGCUAGUUAUUACACUAUGUAUAUGUGGGUAGGUAUAUAAAGUUGAGUGUAUUUUGAUAAAACACACUACUUACAUCAUAAUACAGAGGGCCAAAUCGAUAAAUUUCAAUUAUUUUUGCGAUAGAGAUUAGUACAUACUACACGUAUACCAGGUGUUGUCGAUAAACAGUGCAAUAAAGUGCAUAAAAUUCGAAAGAACUACUUUAUUUACUCAAGGCAUCGAAUUAUCAUUAUUAUUAUCAAGCUGUGAUGUUUAUCUUCAGUACCGCAAAUAUCCUUCAUACUUUUAAUAAACCCAAUCUGUCUAGUUUCCCAGAUUUUGCAAGGUCACAAUAUGGUCCUCGUGAUACUAUAAAAUGAUAUUGGGUUACUUAUAAUGCUGUCCAGUUGUGUCCGCGUAAGGACGUAUGUAAGAUUAUCUUAGCAUAAUAUUUGUAGUCUGUGGAUGCGUCGCGCAUGUCGAUGUCGGUAGGAGGGUAAAUUAUGUCGAUAUUUUGACAGUUCUUACGUCAAUCGAUACCCAUGACAAGUCUGUAAUUCCAGUAAGCAGAACUCCCGAACUAGAGAAAGUAUUAAGUGAUUAAUUCUCCUUAAGAAAAGGCUUUUUAAAAUUCUUACGUUUAUCAAUACAGCUUAAUCAUUUAUCAUGAUAAGCGAUUUUAAAAUUCGAUAGAACCUAUCGACUUUAUCGACAGCGCCACGAUUGAAGGACAUUUCUUAACGGUCGCGUUAACUGCCAUUGUUAUUUACAUAUACAGGCUGAUAAUUUAAUCUUAUAUCGAUAUUAACUGUCAGUAUACUUCGGUUUAUUGGCUUGAAGAGUUGGACUGAGAUUAUACAGAGCUAGAUAAUUGCUUGUUUAUUCAACAGUUGACUUCCUUUUUGAAUUUUCGGUUAAAAUACUUUGAUUAUUACUAGAAUGUAAAUAACUGAUGUUCAGCAAAAAAGAUAUACCCAUUUUAUAUAAUAAUGUCAACAAUAUUAACACGUAAUCGGGUUUUCUGCGUAUAUUUUUUUCUUAUAAGGAGGGUCUAACAACUGGCUACAAAUGAUUGUUCAUUAACAUAAAUAGUGAAAUUUCAUAAAACAUUUAUUAUAUUCAAGUUAUUAGUUUCGUUUAUGGCGCAGGAACUGGCUUCAGCAAUAUAUAUUGUAAACAAUGGGACAUAAUCUCAGUCCAAUUCUUUUAUUUUCUAAUCGAUCAUAAUUAUCAAAUUACAUGUAGGGGCUCAGCCAAGUGGCAAUAUUAGUAAAGAAUAACCAUUUCUCAAUUCGAUACUUUCACCAAGCAUGGAAUAUGGCUUUGUGUAUCAUUUAUAAAAGAAAAGCGAGGCCAAGAACAAAUAUUAGUCUAACUAAUAAACUACAUUUUCGCGCCAGAGGUAUCGAAUGGCGAAGUGGAAUAAAUUCUGGUUAAUAUUUGCCUCUUCGCUGUGCGCCGUGGCUGUUUGACAACUGUUAUCGUAAUAUAAUUCCUAUAGCGUAGGUUAUUCGCAUGUAUGUCGAACUCACAGGAACAAAGUAUGAGAUGAAUGUGGUAAAUAUACAGAUUUGCAUAAUUA